UAAGUGGCGUUUGAGAUCAAAGACUACGCGUUGUUCUUCAGUGAGUGCGACGAUGACGACGUCCAAAGUCGAUAAAGCACGGAAAUGCUCGCAACAGCGCGGCGGAUGCGGGAACUGGGGGAAGGUGCAUCAGGCGAGGUAGAGGGGCGGUGCAAGUUAUCGAUGUUGAAGCACAAUUGACACAGUUCCAGCUCAUGUCGUUGAACGUGGUGUCUCUUGAUAUCGUAUGACCAAAUUGCUUAAAAUCGUAGGUCCUGCCAGUGAUUUAUGAGCAAAAAAGUAAGAAAACGACAAUGGCACCGCCUAAAGUUGUAUUGUUGGCUUGCGGUGCAUUUAACCCGCCCACAAUCAUGCACCUAAGAAUGUUCGAAAUAGCUAGAGAUCACAUGCAAAGAAUGGGUGUAGGCAAUGUCGUAGGAGGAGUAAUGUCACCAGUUCAUGAUGAUUAUGGGAAAAAAGAAUUGAUUUCAUCGACACAUCGUUGUGCAAUGUUAAAACUUGCCUUGCGAAAUUCUGAUUGGAUUAAUGUGUCAACAUGGGAAUGUCAACAAGAAGGACAUACGCGGACACGCGUUGUGUUAGGUUAUCAUCAGAACCAGUUGAAUGCUGUGAUCAAUGACAAUAACGAUUCACCAAAUAAAAGACAGAGGCUGGAUGAUUUACAGUGGGUGCCAGAUGAUGUCAAGUACAAUACCAAUGGUUCAGUGCAGGUGAAAUUUCUCUGUGGAGCUGAUCUUCUUGAAUCCUUUGGAAUACCUGGUUUAUGGGCUGAAGAAGAUAUUGAAACUAUUGUGGGGCAACAUGGUUUGGUUGUGAUAACAAGAGAGGGAACGAAUCCUUACAAGUUCAUUUACGAGUCAGAUAUAUUGACAAAACAUCAGAACAAUAUUACCAUUGUAACAGAAUGGAUAACAAAUGAAGUAAGCUCAACAAAGAUACGAAGGGCAUUGCGACGUUCAGAAAGUGUUAAAUAUCUGAUUCCUGAUGCAGUAUAUGACUAUAUUGUAAAGGAAGGUUUAUACGGCACCAAAGAAAAUAAGUACUUGUUGUACCCUGAAUACAAUCAGUCUCAGUCAUUGUUUCUUACUCCUUCUCCAAGUGAUGUAAACAUGGAAUCUCCCAGUCCCACCACGCAUGCAAACGGCUUAGAGUAUGGGGAUGGAUGCAACUACUCAGAAUCCUACAUAGCAAAACCAAAAAAUGGUCCUGUUACUUAUAUUAGAGUGGAAAGGGUGGAUGAAAGUUCGUUGUUAGAGCAAGAUACCUGCUUGUCUGAAAAAAUGACUAAUGAGGAAAAUUCUAAAAGAUCCACAGUUACUUAUCCUGGUCAAGCUGUUCAGAUAAUUGCAACUGCAGCUGGCAAUAGUAAAAUUCACAAACAGGUGAGCAGUGAAAGAGACGCCGGUACCAGACAAGUUGUUGAAGAAGUUGCAAAUGUUCAAAUUCAGAUUACAAAAGAUGGAAUUAAAGUGAUAAGUGAUAAAGAAACAACAGUAUAAUCUCAAAAUAAAUUUUUGAAAUGUAUGUGCCAAAUUGAUUUUUUAGUAAAUGGACCAUUGUUGUGUGCCAAAGAUUGAAAUCUGCUGGAUCUAACCCUUGUUAUAUAACAGCAGUUAUAUUUGAUCACUGAUUCAGUUAUAUUGCCUUCUUGAAAACUACGUCAGAAGUAAAUGAGGACCAUAAAUAUAGAUGAAAAUAUUUGUGUUGAUAUUUACCUAAGUCAAUGAUAAAGAAAAGUGAACAAACUAGCAAUUUUAAUGUGCGUGAGUAAUACUGUAAAAUGGUUAUUCUAAAUAUAUCAUAGAUCUGCAAAUGGACAUGUAGCUCAUUACAAGUAACAUAUGCAAGUACUAGAUAUUUUGUGAAGUAGUGAGAGUUCUAGUUUGUUUUUAAAAAAGUUUAAUCAUUUUUAUAACAAUGAUUAUAAUAAAAACUACAGUAUGUAUAGCUAUGUAUUACAUGGUAGUAUUGUUAAUAUUACCUUUGUUGCUGUAAAGUAAACUUCCUUGAAACUAUCUCUUGAAGUGCCAUUUGCUUGAGUGCUGUUAGUUUAUUCUUGCAGUUAUAGAAUGAGCUCAAGUUCAUGAGACAUUACUUUUGCAUGAUCAUAUACUUUUGCAUGAAUUUUUUUGGGGGAAAACUGCCUUUGCAGAUCUCAUGUUAACUAUUGUGUGUGAAAUUAUUUGUUAAUAACUUUUCUAAUGUUUUUUAUAGAAAUGCAUUAAUUUGUUUUGAACUUUUUAUAAGGUUUUAUUUGUAUUAAAAACUUUUUAUGAGGUUUUAUUUACAUAAAGGUGCUAUUAGAGUUUCUACUUAAUUUAGUGUGAAGAAAUUUGAAGAAAACUUUGACUAAGUAAUUGAGAGGAAACUUUUAUUAAUUGUUUUCUGUAUGCAUUUGAUAUAUCUUGUUACUUUGUGCAAAAGGGUACUAAAAUAAUAUUUUAAAUGAUACACUAAUGGGUCUGAUCUUUUCUUCAUUGUUCCUUCAACUAAGGCUGCAUGAUUGAGAGCAAUAAAAUCUAACUUGCAGUUCCUUUUGCUGCAGGUGAAGUAUUAUGAUUGUUAUUUAACUUCUUUAUGCUCAAAUACGCUCAAUUGUGCUAAAAGUUUCACAAGAUUGUUCUGUCUUACGCUUAGCAGGUUCAUUUGUGUAUGUUCUGCCAUUUUAUUCAACUAUACUUCGAGUUAUUUAGAUGUAGUGAAAAGUUCAUUGUGGGUGUGAUCUUAAGAACAUUCUAAAAGGUGCUGUAGUGUCUGAUCUUCAUGGAGAAGACUCUAGAUACAGGAGCAUUUAUGCAGUGUUUAUUAUUAGAGUUGAAAAUAGAGUAUUUUAUCCACACAACUUUUGAGAUUUUGUGUGAAUUCUAAUAGAGCAAUAACUAUUUCAUAAACAUUUUUUAAUAUAUUCGAAUGUCAAUUCUCAAUUACAUGUUAUGUAGUUGUAGGUAAAUCUUCUCUAGAUACUGUUCUCUUUGAUAGUUGUCUCUAACAAAAUGUGCAGUGGGUAACCUGAAUAGAAGCAAAUGUUCCUUCUGUGCAUUAUGAAAACAUAUCAUGUUUGCUUUAUGAACAUUUAUAGUGUUUGAUAUGAGUUAAGGUGUUGACAACAUUGUUUGUUUUUUCAUCAUUGAAUUGUAAAUGUUUCAAAUGAUUAUUUCUGUACCUUAAUUUGCCCUUUUUCUCCUGAAGUAUGUACUGCAGAUGUUUGAUUAAAAUAACCUAUGAAACAGCUGGAUGCACUUCUUUUGGGAUGGAAACUCUACGUCACUUUCCUUGUUAAACUUCUUCUCUUCAGUUUUCAAUUUUAUCAUUCAAAAGAUCCUGUGGUGAUUUUUCUGGCACAAGAGACUAGGUGAUUGCAUUGAGUCACCAUGAAUUAUUCUGAUGAAUUUGUCACCAAAAUUAUCUAUCUGCUAUUUCAAAUUUUUGUUGCAGACCUUUUUUUGUCAACUGAAUAAACAUUGAAGUGGGUAGAAUAUUUGAGUGUCCCAGUAUUGCAUCCAGCAAACGUGUUAUAUACAGUGAACUUUUGAUUAUCUUUGACAUUAUAAUGUAAGUAAUUUUGUAAAUUAAACACCAAGAGAUGGGAAAUAUAUGGAAAAAAGUUUAAUCUCCAUCUUAGGUACUAUGAAGUUAGUAUCAAUUAGAAAUUAUUAAAGUGAGAAUACUGAGUGCCAGUAAUGUCAUAAUUAAUAUGUCAAGAAAUGGCAACUUGCUGCUGUUUCUUGACAUUUUAAAUAAGACAGAAAAAAAACAACAUUUCUUUAAAGUUUAAACGUCAUAAAUGGCUUCUUCUGCAUUCCAAUGAAAAAACUAUUUCCUCAGAGGAAAUUAAUAUUUAAUAAAAAGUGAAAAAUUUGGUAAUAGAUUUUUGGGACUAAUCAAUUGUUCAUCAGUUUUACCCUUCAAUUUCGUUAUGACUUAUAUUUUUCCUUAACUGGCUGAUGGGCUGAAGAAGUUGUUUGUGUGUUGCAAAGGAAUUGUAUUUUUCUAAGGCCAAGACUCAUUGACUGCUUAAUUAUGUAGUACCUUACUUUAAAAUGUCCUUUAGUUUACUAAUGUUUGUAUGCCAAAAACCAAUAGAAAGUAAUAUUACUGGUAGUUUAGGAAGGAUUAAGAGCCAUUGAUAAUCAAAAGUUUGCAGUAUUCUUGCUAUAUGCUCAGUAACGUGUGGUGCAUGUCUGUGUCGUUGCAGGGUCUGAGCCGUCCUGCAUGCCUUCUGUAAGAGACCUCGUACUUCUCAUUGGGAAAUGUAGCCGCCCCCCGAAGAAUGCCAUUGCUUCUUUGCCUGCUCUAGUCUGAUAUGCUCCCACAUGAAAGUAUACAACUUUUUUUCAUUCUAUCCCCUACCUGCAUGCUUAAGGAUAGUAUGUCUGUUGUUAUGUCAAUUGAAUAAUAGUUUUUCUCAUGACGAGUGUUUUCUUUCUGUUUCUUCUGUAAACUACAAAUGCAUUGUGUCACAAAGAAAGUAGAGAAGACAUCAGAUUUCUAGCUUAAUAGCAUUUUCUGUAUGGUGGUGUUGUCAAUACAUUCUUAUAUUGUCAGUUGGUUUUGGUUGUGGAUGUCUCCUUAUAAUGGUUUCCCGUAAUUUUUGUUGUCAGUACAGUGGUAAAAUUACUAUACCAGAAUUAAAAGAUUUGGAUAUUUUUAUCCCUCUUCUAAACAGUUAUUAUUCAAAACAUUUUGUGUUAAUUAUACCGUAACAGACUUCCAGAAGGUUUAUUGAUUAUACAAUUUUUUAUAAUUCAGUGGGGUUUAAUUUGUUCUUCUUUAAUUAUAUACACCUUCUUUAUUUUACAAGGUCAUUCUUAAUACAGAACAUUCACAUCAUGUUUAACUUUCUUGUACUUGCAUCUAAUAUCUUGCAAAUGUAUCUACAAAUGAAAGCAGUAUUGAAUUCCUGUUUAUGCUCUAUGUAAAAUGAGGACAUAUAUUUUCUCCUCUUAGGGACUUUGUGUGUUUGAGAGUGGAAUAUUUACCUGUGAAUGUACUUAUGCUAUUGUCAGCUUUUGUGUGAAAAGUAGACAAAAAACAUUUAUUUGAUCUGCAAUUCAUUUUUUUCAACCAAUGUUUAAUUAAACAUUUUUUUUAAAAAUAAUAAGUUGCCUAUGAGUAGCCUGUGCUAUUAAGUAUAUUCCAUGUUAUAUAUAUUUUAUGAAAAAUUAUUGGAAAAGAAUAAAUGUAACAUGCUUAUAUCUGUUAAUAUCUGUGAUUUUAUUCAAAUUACUUCAGUUAUGUGAUGCUUUGUUUGCAUUCCAAAGCUGUGCUCAUGUAGUGCUCAAAUGGUUCAUUAAUUGUUAAAAAUUUCUUUGAAACAAAGAAAAAAUUAAUGCAUGUUGUUACUUACUCAUUAGACGUAUAAUUUAAUUCAUAAUUUUAAUUUUUUUGUUUUAAAGGCAUAACUAUCCCUUUAUCCUGAAAUAAUUUGUUAAGAACCUUUGAUAGUAAGAAGAAUGUAAGUCAGUAAUCCACUUUGUACUUGUGUAUUAUGUUCUUUGAAUUUUUUUAAAUCGUUUGUUUUAUUGCAUUUGCAUCAAUAACAAAUGAAAGGAUAUGUUAGCAACAAAAAAAACGUUUUAAUGUGUCUUUUAUUUAUUAUGGAUAUUUUUUCAAUGAAAAUGAAAUUUCACUGACUUGCAUUCUUCUAAUUUAGUACAAUGCUUUCUUUUGCAAUUGUUUUCUUAUUGUUUUUAUAUGGUGCUACAUUUUGUCAUCAUGAGAGUAGAACUUCACAGUUGAGGAAAUGAGCCAAUUCUCUAAUUAGAGAACUCUGAUGACUCUUUAUUUGACUGAAAAAUGAGCUUUUUUGAAGCCAAAGUUUUCAUAUUUCCUGUGAUUCACAUUUUAAAGCCUUCAUGAAAUUUACAAUAUUGUGAAGUAGCUCUUCUGGGUUUGAAAUUAAUCUGUAUUGUUUGAACGAAGUUCUUACUCCUUCCAGCUUCACUUGUCACUGUAAUGUGUAGUGUGAGAAUAAGAACAUGAGCUUCAGAAAUACAAUAUCAUGGUCAUAUGAACUAUUUGUGGAUUUUUACUGUGCAAAAGUACUUUGUAAUUGUCAUUCCAGCAUAAAGAAUAACAUGUAUUAUUAUGCAUGCAAGUAUUGAAAAGUGUAGUUAUGUUUCUCAUAAGAACUGUAUAUUCUUUUCUUAAUGAAUACAGAAGGAAAAUAGAGUAGAAUACCUACAUAUUAUUUACAUAUGCUGAUUGAAAUUUUAUUAAUGUAUUUACACACGGUUAAACUUGUAUUGUGUAAAAAAAUCAAAAAUUAAUAAAUUAUACAUGCGAAGUGAAACUGGUAAAUAUUCUAAUCUGAUAAUAAGUGCAUUGCAAACAGUAUCAUCAGAACAGUUUGUAAUCAAUAAACUCAAUAAACUAAUUUUUAGUUGGGUAUUAAUUUUUUAAGUUUGGUUGGGUAUAAGUUUUUUUAUGAACAUCAAUAAUGCUAUAUUAAUACUAUCAAGCAUGGCUAAGUGGAAUUUCGAGGGACAGAAAUAAAUUAUUAUCUUGCAUAGCAAGGGGUCUGUUUUCCAGAAUCUCACUUAUUCAAGUUAAAAAAGUGUUCAUAUCACUUGUAAAUGCAGAUCCAAAUCAUAUUUGUUUCAGUUUCUGGGGGAGUGUUAAACAAAAAUUCAAUAUACUCGUACUAGAAACUUUAUUUACAAAUAAUGUGUUAUGUAUUACAUUUUAUUACUUUAUGAAAUUUGCAAGUAAAUAAUUAAAAUAAGAGUCAACUUGUGUUUUUUUAAUAAUUUUCUCGCAGUACCUUGAACUUUUCUUUUUUCUUUAACUGACUACACAUUUCAUUUUUGCUUCAACUAUGCGCAUGUAACAGAUUGGAUGUUUUUAAUGGAUAUUCUGCUUUCUAGUCUUCCACAGAAAUUUUGAUUAUUACACGUUAAAAAGAAUUGCAGAGACAAACAUUUUGUUUGCUAUCAUUCAGAGAAAUUUAAGAACGAGGAGUCCUCUGUUAACAUAUACUUAGAAAAAUCUGGAAGGAAAAGCAGUCCCUUUGAAAUGAUUUUAAAUUCUCAAACUGAGAUUUUCUCAUUAUAAAAUAUUGAGACUUUAUAACAAGUCUCAUUAAUGUAACUUCCCACUUAUCCAGCUUUGACUGUAUUAUAGGCUUGCAUUGUUUUUCAUUCUUCAGAAAGCAUUAAGUGCUCAGCAAUAUGUUUUUGCUUCAAAAAUGAAUUUUUUGUUUAGUAGAUUCAAAAUAUUCAAAACGUGUCAAGAUAAUUAUAUCAUUUAUUAAUCUCAUUUCCAUUUUUUGUGAUUUGUUACAAAAUUUAUUAAUUAUAUUUGUUUCAUAAAUUGCAAAAAUAUGUAUUAUAUAAAUGCUACACUUACUAAUCUUUGUUUUGAAGUUAAAGUAAAGCAUUUGGUUGAGUUCUAAAUUAUUUAUUGCCUGACCCAAAUUUUUACGAAUUUCUGUAUUUUAUUAAAACUUUCUAAAUCAAGUGAAUUUAUUGUCUUCAAGUUAAUGUAAAUAACACUAAUCAUUUAUGUGUAAUAUUUUUUACAAAUUAAGUUCCUUAGAUGCCCAACUAGUUAUUGGUUUUCUGAAGAGGGGAAGUAUUACUAUUAUGCCCUCUUUAAGGUGAAAUGUGUUAAAUUUAAAUAUUUAUAUCAUCCAUGAUUGUAAAAAUGGAAAAGAUUACUGGAAUUGCAGUAUGUAAAGUGAAGGUCGUGUGACUGUGAGUACCUAGUAUUGCCAAAGCUAUUUUUGUCAUGAAAGAAGGGGAAUAUAAUUGUGCACCUUACUAAGUAAAAGUUUAAGCUGAGAAAGUAGUGCAAAGAGAGGCCCCAUCCACUCAGAUCCUCCAAAUCCUUCGUUGAGUAGUAUCUUCCGAAAGAGAAAAUGAGAAAAAGUCACUGUUGAGAGAAAUGUCUAUGACAUCUCGAGUCCAUUCAUUACCAGACAGCUAUGAAGAACAAUGAAUGGUAACGUUUUCUUUUGUAUUAUUCUUGUAAUGAAAGAAGACUUAAAGUGAGAAUUAAUAAUACUUUGUAACAAUACAAUUAUUUCUUAAUAGAAACAGUAAAAUUGACUUUCUUAUGAUGGUUUUUGGCAAAUUAUAGAUUUGGGAGGAAAUGGUUUUAGUAAAAAUUGAAGGAUUGAGAAAAAUGGACCAUAACUGAAGGGGUGCAGUGGCCCUGGAAAGAGAACUUCAAGGAGAGUCUUAAAAGUAAAUGAAAUCAGUGGUGUACCAAAGUUGCAGCUCUCUCUCGCUUCACUUGAAUGUAAAAUAGCAUUUUGUAGACAGUGCUCGAUUUAUAAAAAAAAUUUAGGUUCCGAAAUACACCCAAAAUUAAUAUUAAUUUUUAAUAGAAAUAGUUAUAUAUUU